CGAAGUUCAUUUCAGAAUAAAUCAGACUGUCCACAAUAAAAUGUACCGGUUAACUGUUUGACCAGUUAACUGAUCAAACAGCUAACCGGCCAAAUAAAGAAGUGGCGAACAAAGAGCCAAGCUGACAACAUUAGUCACUCCAUUAUUGUGAAUAAGGCUCCACCGUAGAAGAAAUCUCAAGAAGAAAACAAAUUGAGAUCAAAUAAUUGUAUUGCAUCCACUUGGAACCAAAGCUGUCUUCAUCAUCUUUCAUUAGCUGAACAGAGGAGCACAGCGGCCGACGAAGAAAAAUGCACAACAGAACAGUGGCCGGUGCUAUUUGCAGGAAGAAAAAUGAGAAAUUGGCAAUCACAUCUGGUGAAGAUUGAAAUCAAUGGCCGUCCAAAUUAAAUAAUCUUUAUCUUCAUUCAGAGAUAUUUCUGAGCUAUAUAUACCCUUCUUUUGCUACUAUAUAAAGGGGUUAUUCAGGAGCUUCAAAGAACACAACCAAGUUCUGAUAGAAAUCAUUGUUCUCUUUUCUUUAGUUUAUAUUAGUAGCCAUAUAAUAAAAGUGAUUCUGUCAAGAACACUUUCUGUAUAGAUUUCAGUUUGUAAUUCUCAGUUCCAGAAUUUUAGCUUGUGAUAUUGGUAUUAAAGUUCAUAUGCAAUUAUCAGUUCGUUCGAUCAGUGCAAGCUUUAUACAAGGAUUCCAGGCUUUUUCUGUUCCAGUUCAUCUAUGUUCUUCAUUAUUUAUGCCUUCAGGUUCUUAUUUAAACACUACUUUAAUUUCUUUAAUCUGUUAAUUUAAUUAUGCCUAGCAUGAAUUUUACUUUUAUAUUGUUCACUAUAAUUAUGUGUAACUAAAUUAGUUUAGGCUUGGGCAAAAUGUAAAUUUUACAGUUAAUGUUCAUAUGAUAAUAAUUGGUUAAAACUUUUACUUGGUUAAUUUUAGGGUGUUGGGUUGAAUGUUCUAAUCUGCUAAAUACAUUAUAUUGGGAAAUGAAUAUUAUCACGGGAGUGGAGUUUCAUUAAAAAUCCCUUUAGUUAAUUCACCCACUAAAUUGCUACACGGAAGUGUUAAGGAAUUUAGGAUAAUUUGAUUUUGUACUUUUUACUGUCUUAAUAAAAUUACCGCGGGAGCGGAAUUAAUUUAAGAUAGUGUAAUCAACUAAGUCGUGGGAACGAUUAGAAGAUUACCAUUUGAAAAUCUUUCACACACCUAAAAGUAACCAAGUUAAUCAGUUAAAUCUUUAUUAUUAUGAACAUGAUAAUGAAAUCACUCUAAGCCCAAGCCUAAUUUUCACUACAUCAUUAAUUGUUAAAUUAUCAAGUAUUGUGAUUUAUUUUAUUUCCUAGCAAUUUCACAUUUAUAAAAACAAGAUAAAAAAAUCUGUUCACUUAGCUCCAUUGCAAAAUGUUAUCAAUUUGUGAUUAGCUGAAAAUCAAUCAUUAAUUCUAGUUCUCUUUUUGAGCCAUUCUCUAGAGGAACGAUACUCACUUACUCUAUACUAUAUCGUUACAAACCAAUUAAAACAUCAUUUCCAUUCACAUUUUUACACCAUUUCACACUACACAUUUUGGCAUGUCACGAUUUUGGCGCCGUUGCCGGGGAAUGGCAUAGUGUUAAUGAUUGAUUAUUAGUUAAUAUUUGUUUUUGUUUUUAUUUAUCUGGAGACUAAGUUUUUUUUUACCUGUUAUCAUCACCUUUGUAAAAACAAUUCAAAAAAAAAAUCAUUUUUCCUGCAUUUUGUAAAAAAAAAAAAUAGUUUAUGCAUACUCGCUCUCAAGGGAGUGAAGGAUUGCAACCACUUAACCUUGAUUUUGAAAAAGAAUUAAGGAAAAGAAGAAAGGCACGAACCCUUGAACUUAAAAUUCAAGAUCAGAUCAUGGAGGAUCUUCAAAACAAUCCCAAUAAUCCAAAUGGCCAAAACCUAAUUCCAAAUCCAAAUCCUACGCCACCACAAAAUACACCCAUUGAUACUCCUAGAGAUGGACAUAAUCCUUUCUUUGGAGAUCAAAGACCCCCAUGAUUUGAAAAUUUCCAACAAAUUCCUCCUCAAACACAACCCCAACUUCAUCCACCACAUCCCUACCACAACUACCAAAAUCAACCUCCUCCAUAUCCAUAUACAUAUCCUUAUCCUUACCCACCUCCUCCAUUUAUACAUCCAUACCAACCUCACCCAUAUGGCCAAUACUACCAACACCCACAUAUCCAACAAGGUCAAGGGCAAUUCAUGAGACAACAACAACAAGGAAGAAGACUUCUUGAUUAUGUUGCAGGUGAAAUUGAGGAACAAGAUAGCAUUCUCUAUCCGGGUGUGGAUGCAGUAAAUUUUGAGAUCAAACCAGCACUUAUCUCAUUGGUAUCGGCCAACAAAUUUGGCGGAUCUAAGAAUGAAGAUCCAACGAGCCAUGUGAAGCAAUUCUUGAGAGUUCUCCAAACUCUUAAGCUUAAUGGAGCCUCUGUUGAUGCCAUCAGACUCAGAUUGUUUCCAUUCUCACUGAGGGAUGAAGCAUUGAGUUGGUUGAACUCUAAACCAUCCGGUUAUUUCAACACAUGGGAGAAGUUGCAUAGAGAUUUCAUGAAGGAGUUCUAUCCUCCUUCUAAGGCAUGAAAAAUGAAGAAACUGAUCCAACAAUUCAGACAACAACCAUCAGAAUCUCUUUACGAAUCAUGGAAGAGAUUUAAAGAUCUUCAAGUUCAAUAUCCGCAUCAUAAUAUGAGCAUGGGUGAUCUCAUUGUCUCAUUUUAUGAGGGAUUACAUGAUAAUUCCAAAAUUGUUGUGGAUGCCUCUGCUAAUGGAGCUUUCAUGGAGCUUGAUCCCGAAACAGGCAAAGAGAUGCUUGAGAAAAUUUGUAACAACAGUGCAUCAUGGUAUUCUGAAAGAUCCACUCAAAAGCUAGGAGCAGGAAUUUAUGAGGUUGACCAAACAACAGCUUUAACAGCAAAGGUUGAUUCUCUCACAACCAUGAUUCAAAAGCUCACUGAGAAGCAAUCAUCAUCAACUUCUAGCACAGCAACAAAUCCAUCAUCAUCUGUAGCUCAAGCUUUGUUCUGUGAACUCUGUGGGGGAGGGCAUUCUUUUAAAGAAUGUAAUUUUCUUGAACUUACACAAAAUGUUCCUUUUAGCCCCACAGUAGAACAAGCUGAUGCUAUAUAUGGUAGACCUCAAGUACCAUAUCAAGGAAACUAUAAUCCUCAAGGGAAGACACAUCCAGGAUUUUCAUGGAGUAAUUCAUUAGGUGCAGCAAAUCCAUCUUUUCCAUCCAAACCAACACCUCCUGGAUUUCAAAAUCAGCAAGGAUUCAGAGGAAACCAAAACAACCAACAAUUGAGGGGGAAUCAAGGGUACCAAAAUCCUCAAGGAUAUCCACCGCAUCAACAAUUGCCACCACCACCACAACAACAAUUUGUUGGAGUAAAUGAUUUCCAACAGAUGAUGCAAGGCAUUACUAAUCAAUUCUCUCAACUCACCACUCAACUCAAUCAAAUUCAAGCUCACAACAAAAUGCUUGACAGCCAAAUUGCUAGUUUUGCUUCACCAUCAACUAGCAAAGCUCAAGGAAAGUUGUCUGCCUACUCUGAACAUCCCAAGGAGAAUGUCAAUGCAGUCACUACAAGGAGUGGAAAACAACUUUCUGAUUCACCACUUAUAGUUGAGAAAGAAAAGAUUCCUGAAAAGGAGGCUUCACCAUCAAAGGAAAAUAAUGAAGAAGAUCUUACUUCUUCUGCAAAUGAAGGUUUGAAAAAGGUAGUGCAACCAUAUGCUCCACCUUUACCAUUUCCUCACAGAGCAAAGAAGAACACAAUUGAUGAGAGGAGGGAUAAAUUCCUUAAAUGGAUCGGUGAGUUGAACACAACAAUCCCGCUUCUUGAUGCUCUGAAACAUAUGCCUUCAUAUUCCAAAUUUCUGAAGGAAAUUCUGUCAAACAAAAAGAAGUUCGAGGAGAAAGCUGCAAUAGCCAUGAGCGAGGGAUCCAGUGCUAUCAUUCAGAAGAAACUUCCAGAAAAAUUGAAGGAUCCAGGUAGCUUUACUAUACCAUGCAUAAUUGGAGGGUUCAUGGUCAACAAAGCUUUAUGUGACCUUGGGGCUAGUGUUAGCCUUAUCCCCUAUUCUAUGAGAAAACGGCUUAGUCUUGGUAUUCCCAAGGCUACUUCAAUGACCAUUCAGCUUGCUGACCGAUCUGUUAAGCACCCUGUUGGUGUUCUUGAAGACAUUCCUGUACAGGUUGGGAAAUAUUUCAUCCCUUGUGACUUUGUUGUCCUAGACAUGGAUGAAGAUGAGCGAGUACCUGUCAUAUUGGGAAGACCUUUCUUGGCCACUGCCGGUGCCAUCAUUGAUGUUAAAAAAGGUACGUUAAUAAUUGAAGUGGGGGAUGAAAGGGUUGAAUUCAAUAUUUUCCAAAUGGCGAGAAAUCCUGCAUGUGUGGAAGAUUGUUGGAGGGUUGAUAUAGUUGAUGAAUGUGUGAGAGACUUCAUGGGAUUCUUUCACAAUGAUCCUAUGGAAGUUUAUGAUGUGGAGAAAAUUAAAAAUAAUCAUAAGGGAGAAGAGUUAGUUGAGUGUGUAAAAAACAAAGAGAGUUGUAAAAAGAAUCAUGAGGGGAAGGAAGUGGAGAAACUGGUGAGAGAAGAAGUCAGGGAGGCUAACAACACAAAAGAACCACCCAAAGUUGAGUUGAAGCCUUUACCAUCACACCUAAGAUAUGCUUAUCUUGGUAAAAACUCCACUUACCCAGUGAUAAUUAGCACUAAGUUGAAUGAGGAGGAAGUAGACAAGUUGUUGACCCUGCUGAGAAAACACAAACGGAUCAUUGGAUACUCCAUUGAUGAUCUAAUUGGCAUCAGUGCUAACUAUUGUAUGCACAGAAUAUAUCUUGAGGAAGGUUGCAAACCAGUGGUUGAACAUCAAAGGAGGCUCAACCCUAACAUGAAGGAUGUUGUGAAGAAAGAAGUUAUCAAACUUCUUGAUGCCGGAAUCAUUUACCCUAUCUCGGACAGCAGAUGGGUAAGUCCAAUCCAUGUUGUACCAAAGAAAGGAGGUUUCACAGUUGUUCCAAAUGAGCACAAUGAGCUCAUUCCUACUUGUUUGGUCACGGGAUAGAGAAUGUGCAUUGAUUAUAGGAGGCUGAACAAAGUCACAAAUAAGGAUCAUUAUCCUUUACCUUUCAUUGAUCAGUUGCUUGAAAGGAUGGCAAACCAUAGCCAUUAUUGCUUUCUAGAUGGAUUCUCAGGAUAUUUUCAAAUCAUGAUCCAUCCAGAUGAUCAAGAAAAGACUACCUUCACGUGUGCCUAUGGUACAUUUGCUUUUCGAAGAAUGUCAUUUGGCCUAUGUAAUGCACCCGGCACUUUCCAACGAUGUAUGAUGGCCAUUUUCUCAGAUCUUAUUGAAGAAAUCAUGGAGGUAUUCAUGGAUGAUUUCUCUGUUUAUGAGACCUCAUUUGGUUCGUGCUUGGAUAAUCUUGAUAAAGCACUGACUCGUUGCCAAGAGGCAAAUCUUGUCCUAAACUGGGAGAAGUGCCAUUUCAUGGUAACAGAAGGAAUUGUUCUUGGGCAUAAGAUUUCAUCCAAAGGCAUUGAGGUAGAUCCAGCAAAGAUCGAAGUGAUUGAGAAGUUACCACCGCCAACAUCUGUUAAAGGCAUCCGAAGUUUUCUAGGGCACGCCGGAUUUUAUCGGCGAUUCAUCAAGGAUUUUGCUAAUAUUGCAAAACCACUCACAAGACUCUUGUCCAAAGAGGUUGACUUUAUCUUUGACGAUGCUUGUCUUAAUUCCUUUUGCAAAAUUAAGAAAGCAUUAUGUUCCGCAUCUGUCAUUCAACCACCAGAUUGGAGCAUGCCUUUCAUCUUAAUGUGUGAUGCCAGUGACUAUGCUGUAGGAGCCAUGUUGGGACAGAAACAAGGUCGGUGCAUACAUGCAAUUUAUUAUGCAAGCCAUACUCUCGAUGAUGCCCAACAAAACUAUGCCACAACAGAAAAAGAACUACUCGUUGUUGUCUUUGCAAUAGAGAAGUUCAGGUCAUAUCUUGUUGGAAGCAAAAUGAUAGUCUACACUGAUCACUCGGCUCUAAAGUACCUGUUUGCGAAGAAGGAGGCCAAACCACGACUUAUUAGAUGGGUGUUGCUACUACAGGAGUUUGAUAUUGAGAUCCUUGACAAAAAAGGGUCUGAAAAUGUCAUUGCUGAUCACCUGUCCAGAAUUGAGCCACACACAAAAAAUGAAGCGACCAAAGUGUUACCCAUUGAUGAUUCAUUCACGGGAGAAUAUUUACUCUCAAUCAAGCACUUUUCUCCUUGGUAUGCUGAUUGGGUUAAUUACCUUGUCAGUGGUUAUAUUCCUUCUGAAUUCUCAUGGUCCCAAAAGAAAAAGUUCUUACAUGAUGCUCGCUCUUAUUUUUGGGAUGAACCACUAUUGUUCAAGAGAUGUGUUGAUGGAAUUGUUCGAAGAUGCAUCCCAGAAGAUGAAUUUGAGGCUAUCCUUUAUCAUUGUCAUUCAUCACCAUAUGGUGGUCAUUUCGGAUCCACAAGGACUUCAGCUAAAGUCCUACAGUCAGGUUUCUAUUGGCCUACAUUGUUCAAAGAUUCUCAAAUGUAUGUGAAAAGAUGUGAUCGAUGCCAACGCACAGGAUCUAUUGGCCGUCGAAAUGAAAUGCCGCAAUCCGGAAUACUUGAAGUUGAACUCUUCGAUGUAUGGGGAAUGGACUUUAUGGGACCAUUUUCCAGCUCAUGCGGCAAUUCUUACAUUCUUGUGGCUGUGGACUAUGUCUCGAAAUGGAUUGAAGCGAUUGCUAGUCCAACCAAUGAUUCCAAGGUUGUGAUCCGAUUUGUGAAGAAAUUUAUUUUCUCAAGGUUUGGAGUUCCCAGGGCCUUCAUCACAGAUAAUGGUACACACUUUUGCAAUAAACAACUUGAGAAACUUUUGCUCAAGUAUGGUGUUAAUCACAAAGUGUCUACUCCGUACCAUGCAUAAACUAGUGGCCAAGUUGAACUCUCAAACAGGGAAAUUAAAUCAGUCCUUGAGAAAGUUGUCAAUCCCACAAGGAAAGUUUGGUCCCUCCGACUAGAUGAUGCUUUAUGGGCCUAUUGUACUGCAUAUAAAACUCCCAUUGGGACAUCACCGUUCAAAUUGGCGUAUGGGAAGUCUUGUCACUUACCAGUGGAGAUUGAACACAAAGCAUUUUGGGCUAUCCAAAGCCUAAACCUUGACUACACUCUGGCAGGGAAAAAGAGGCUAUUACAAUUGAAUGAACUUGAAGAAUUCAGACUUGAUGCCUUUGAGAAUGCCCGACUUUACAAGGAAAGGGCAAAGAAAUGGCAUGACAGAAGAAUCCUUAGGAGAGACUUUUCUCCUGGGGAUAGUGUGUUACUAUUCAACUCAAGGCUGAAACUCUUUCCAGGAAAGCUGAAAUCAAAAUGGUCUGGACCUUUCAAAGUUAUCAAAGCCUAUCCAUCCGGGGCAAUCAUUCUGGAGGCCAAUGAUGGGAGGCAAUUUACUGUCAAUGGCCAAAGAGUUAAGCAAUACCAUGAAGGAGAUGACACAAAGGAGAAACUCACUGUUCAUCUGGAUGAUCCUCCUUACGAGUAAACCACCCAGGUAAUGUCGGGCACACGACGUUAAAAAUAGCGCUUCUUGGGAGGCAACCCAAGUUUAAUACUUGCAUUUGAAUGUGUGUUUUGCUUGUGUGUUUGCAUUGAAUAAUUUUAUUUUCCCACCCAUUUACUCACCCGCCCUGUAUAUAUUUGUCACAUCGAGGACGAUGUUUCAUCCUAAGUGUGGGGGGAGAAUAUGCAUGUUUGUUUGUUUGUGAAUUGCCUUAUCAUCUGUAUAACUUUCAAAUCAUACAUUCUAUUCUUUCACAUGGCAUGUGGAAGGUUGGCUGGACUUGUCUCUUAAUAAUUGGAUUGAGAAUCAUAAUUUUUGAGCAUUGAGUAAAAUUUUGGUCCAAUUUUAAACUUUUUUACAAACACAAAACAUCUCAUGCACGUAAAUGGUUAUCUAGUGAAUUGUUGUUCAAUAUGUUUAAAAUUGUGCAAAACAAGAGUACUAUGUGCUUUUAUUUUCCUUGACAUGAUUUUCUGACUUAGCACAUUAGGAAAUGAUAUAGGCCAUUUUUCAUAAACCCAUAUACCUAGCCUUACCCAGGUGAUAAAUAUCCCUUGUUCACCCCCUUUGAGCCAUUUUUUUAAUAAGCGUUAUACGCUUAACCCUGUUUUUCUUAUUUUUUUUUUUCAUAAAAACCUGUUAUAUGUGACCCUUAGCCUAAAAGCCAAACACUUUCCAAUAGGGGUGAGCGUGGGACGGUACGGGACGGUUAUUUCAAAAAACCUGUCCCGUUCCAAAGUACGGUUCUUUUUAAAAUCAAGAACCGGUACCGUCCCGCAUAUAUGUAGAACCUGUCCCGUUCCGUACCAAUUUUCGGUCCGGUCCGGUACGGUUCGGUACGGUUCUUAAAUAACUAAAUAACCCCCUUGAAAUAUAAAAAUUUAGAUUUUAACAUUUAUAAAUAACGCUACAAAAAUUGAAGAGAAGAAUUUGCAAGAUUAUAUUAGCCUUGUAGGUGAGCCGAAUUGAGGAGGAACACCAAAGGCGAUUAGUUCUGCCGUUCCUCACUUUUGGACUUUUUGGUCUGCUAGAGGAUAUGUUGCCGACUGAAUCAGGUUUAAGAGUUUUGUUCUAUUUAUGUAGCAUUAUUUAUACUCCGAAUCAUUUAGUGUUUUUGUUUUAAUAAUUGGAUUGGGCCCAAAGAAGAUGUAAGAGUAAUAUACGGACAAUUAUACUCAGUAUAUAAUAUAUAUUAUACGGAGUAUUAUAUAUAAAAAAUUAUUAUUAUAUUAUAACACUAGUUUUCGGGACAAUUCGGGACGGUACGAGACGGUUCGGUUCAGUACGGUUCCGGGACGGUUCCGGUACGGUUCUUACUAAGAACCGGUACCGUACCAUAUUAUUAAAAAAACUCGGUACGGUACGGUACGGUAUUACAUUUUUCCGGUUCUAUCGGUUCUGGAACGGUUCGGGACGGUUCUUCGGUACGGAACGAGAAUUCCCAGAUCCGCGCUCAGCCCUACUUUCCAACCACCCUAAAAUGACUUGCAUAAAUUUUAAUGAGUUUAGAGAGUGUCAUUCACAUUUAGGGAGCUUUAAUAAUUACACUUUUGUGAUUACUUGUUAAUAUAUAUUCAUUUAUGGGGGUAGUUGUUCUUGUUGUAUCAUCAUUGUACAUAUUAUUCUUGUAAAUUCUUAUGGUUAGAAGCACUAAAAAGUCUUGGAAAAAAAAAAUCAAAAAAAAAAAACAAAAAAAAAAAACAGAAAAAAAAGGAAAAUGAAAAAAAAGAAUAAAAAAAAAAUCUAAACAAGGCUAAUUAUCCAUGUAUAUGCUUCUCUCUUUUGUAUAUUUUUUUUUUUUGGUACAUUAAUUUACUCUUUUUACUAGUUACUAGUUUACUACCCCUAACUAUUAAAAAUAACAAAUAACAAGUGUUGUAUAGAUUAUUGUCAAAAGCUCCUACUCACUACUUAAUACCUCUCUAAAUUUGUUAAAUUUAUGUCAAGUUCAUUUCUUUUGUUUCCUCAUUAAUUCCCUUUGUUCAUAAGCCUUUUCCCAAAGACCCCGUCAUAACCCAAUGUAAAAGUCCUAAUUGAUCUUAAUUGUGUUUUGUCUGAAAUAAGUUGAUAGGAAAAUCUUAUUUUGCAUAAUUUUGCAUGAUUGAACAAAUGAAGCUACAUUCCAUCUUCACACCACACACUUUGUGUUUGUUAGAGUUGAGAUUUGACCAAAACGUUUCAAAUGAUAUGCAAAAUAUUUUUAUGAUUCUCACUACUCUUAUUUUGUGACAAGUCAAGGGAAUUUGAUUGACCAGGUGGAGUGAAAGUAAAGUGUGCAUGAUUUGAGGAUUACACAUAUGAUUUGGAAAUUCAUUUUUGCAUGCUCGGUUGCUUGUGUGAAAUGUAAAUAUUUUUGCUUGAGGACAAGCAAAAUCUUAAGUAUGGGGGAGUUGAUGUACUCCUAAUUUACCAUAUUUACGAUCUUGUUUUGUCACACUUUUAAUACUUUAUUUCUCAUUUUUAAAUAAAAAGGAUUGAUCUUUAUCAUCUUGGACAUUUUAAGGUAUUGCACUUGUUUUGGUAUAUUUUUGAGUUUCAGGAUAAUUCGGAACAUAUAUUAAUUUCUGAAAAGAAAUAAAUAUUACUCCCGAGUGAAGACGGAAAAAACAUCAAAGUGAAGCGAGUCCUUACUUUAUCUCCGAAAUAUUUAUACAGAGACCCGAAGUUCAUUUCAGAAUAAAUCAGACUGUCCACAAUAAAAUGUACCGGUUAACUGUUUGACCAGUUAACUGAUCAAACAGCUAACCGGCCAAAUAAAGAAGUGGCGAACAAAGAGCCAAGCUGAACACAUUAGUCACUCCAUUAUUGUGAAUAAGGCUCCACCGUAGAAGAAAUCUCAAGAAGAAAACAAAUUGAGAUCAAAUAAUUGUAUUGCAUCCACUUGGAACCAAAGCUGUCUUCAUCAUCUUUCAUUAGCUGAACAGAGGAGCACAGCGGCCGACGAAGAAAAAUGCACAACAGAACAGUGGCCGGUGCUAUUUGCAGGAAGAAAAAUGAGAAAUUGGCAAUCACAUCUGGUGAAGAUUGAAAUCAAUGGCCGUCCAAAUUGAAUGAUCUUUAUCUUCAUUCAGAGAUAUUUCUGAGCUAUACCCUUCUUUUGCUACUAUAUAAAGGGGUUAUUCAGGAGCUUCAAAGAACACAACCAAGUUCUGAUAGAAAUCAUUGUUCUCUUUUCUUUAGUUUAUAUUAGUAGCCAUAUAAUAAAAGUGAUUCUGUCAAGAACACUUUCUGUAUAGAUUUCAGUUUGUAAUUCUCAGUUCCAGAAUUUUAGCUUGUGAUAUUGGUAUUAAAGUUCAUAUGCAAUUAUCAGUUCGUUCGAUCAGUGCAAGCUUUAUACAAGGAUUCCAGGCUUUUUCUGUUCCAGUUCAUCUAUGUUCUUCAUUAUUUAUGCCUUCAGAUUACGACAACUUCAGAUAAACCAAAGAAGCAGGCAUUGGUACUGAAAAAUAGAGACAAUUUAACUUUGACUUUGUUGUUCCUCAGAUGUUGUUCUUGAAGCUAUUGUAGUGUUGUUUUCUACCUGUAAUAUAUAUUCAAAUUGUAAUAUUAUUUUUAAAAGAACAAUUCGAAAUAUAUAUUGACUUUAUUUAUCAAUAAUUUUCCAAAGUGCCUUAUUGUCACACCAUUUUA